GCAAAAAUGAGCAGUCACGCUCUUGGCAGAAAAAUUAUAAACAAAAAACCAUAAAACAUGGAAAUUCGGAACGCUGAUCCUGGCGCCGUGCAAUAUGGCAAUUUCAUGAAUUACUAUCAAUUCAAUUCGGCCUCCGAGAGGGUGAAACUGCUGCCGGACAAGGAUAUCUGGCUGCCAGCCGCCCUGGACCUGGAGGAGCGUCCCUACCUCGUGCUGGAUGUGGGCUGUAAUUGCGGCGUCUUCACUCAAAUGCUGCAUGGAUACCUGGAGCAGUGCCUGCAGCGACCCGUGCACAUACUGGGCGUGGACAUUGACGAGCGGCUGAUACUGCGCGCCAAAGAGGCGAACACGUGCCCGGAGAAGAUCUCCUACGAGUGCGUGGACGUGCUGGAUGGCUCCGACUUUGAGACGGUGCUGAGCUACUUGGAUGGCAGGCAGCGGCUGAAGUUCGAUGCCAUCUGCUGCUACUCCAUCACCAUGUGGAUCCACCUGAAUCACCAUGACGCAGGCCUCAGACUGUUCCUCAGGAAGCUCUCCCAUCUGGCCGAGCUGCUCGUGGUGGAGCCACAGCCCUGGAAGUGCUACCAAACGGCAGAGCGGAGACUCAAGAAAGCUGGCGAAGUGUUUCCCCUGUUUCUGCAGCUCAAAUGGCGCUCGGAUGUGGAGCAGCAGAUAGACAGCUACCUGGAGCGGGCACUGGAUCGAAGGAAGUUGUUCGAGUCGACGCCCACCAAGUGGCAGCGUAGAAUCUGCUUCUUUAGAUGAUAAACCAAAGUAACAAAACAAGUUUAAGUUGUACAAAUUCGUAGAAUAACAGAGACAGUCCCCCCUGGUA